AUGGUCUACAAUCUCACGGCAGAGCUCUUUGCCGAAUGGGCCAUUGGAAUCAUUGUGGCUGGCAUCCGCAUCUAUUCGCGAUGCUUCGUCGACAAGAGAGGGCUGUACUGGGAUGAUGUGUUCUUGAUCCUCGGCCUGAUAUUCUGGACUUUGAUGACCAUCACACUCUAUCUUUGCACAGAUGUAUAUGGCUCGAAUAUCGGUCUCAACCCGGAGACUGCGCUUGAUAUUCCGGACAACGAGGUCCAAUGGUAUAAAAUCGGCUCGGUGUGCGCUUUCGUCGCCUGGAUUGCAUACAUUGUAGCUGUCUGGGCAUUUAAGGGAGUGCUGGUGUUUCUGUGCACUCGACUCACAAUGGGACUCUGGCAGCAUCGCCUUUCGGUAAUCGUUGGACUGCUAUGCAUUGGUACAUUCCUCGUAUCCUUGAUCUUUGACCUUGCCAUGUGCCGACCCAUCCACAAAAACUGGCAGGUCAAGCCCUACGCUGGAAACAACUGCACCCUCCGACCCUUGAACUACAUUGUUAUCGAGGUGCUCAGCAUCGUAACGGACCUCGCAGUCAUGUGUGUCCCUGUCCCCCUGGUCAUGACUGCUCGCAUACCCGCGACGCAGAAGAUAAUGCUAGUGGCUCUCUUCUGUUCCGGUAUCUUCGUCAUGAUCUGCGCGAUCCUCCGUGCCUAUUACUCCGUCACGGACAUUAACACUCUCGCGACCGCCUUGGGAUGGGCAUCACGCGAGUGCUUCGUAUCGGUCAUCAUCGUCUGCGCCCCCGGCAUCAAGCCCCUCUUCAAGCGGUUCCGGUGGUUCCGCACGAACAUGUCGAGCAACGAAUACUCAAACUCAAUAUCCCACGGCAAGGUGUUCUCUUCCAAGACAGGAAAUUUUAACACCCUUGUCUCCACCCAUGAUCGAACCCCUUACGAGAUGGCCCCUUCGGCCGGUUGGAGAAAGCACAAGGCCAAGCCCUCCUCCGGCGAGAGCCAAGAGGGGAUCAUUCCACCCUCGGGGGCAAAGCAGGAUGGGGACGCAGACAUGGGUAUCCGAGUCACGACGGAUGUCCGCCUCGAGCUGGAGAAGACGCAGACGGGUGUAUCUGGGCGAUCACAUUAUUGA